AAUGUUUUUAAUUUGAGCGCGCGAAGCUUUGGGAAUUUUUUUGUUGAGAUUCUUCAUGGAUUCUACUAACAAUUCAUCCGACGACGACGAAGAAUGUCCUGAACUAGUGGUUUCUACAAAUGUACGCAUUCCAGUUACAAUAAUAACGGGAUAUCUUGGAGCUGGAAAAACGACUCUUCUCAACUACAUUUUAACAGAACAACAUGAUAAGAAGAUAGCAGUUAUUUUGAAUGAGUUUGGGGAAGGUAGUGCAAUUGAGAAGUCAAUGGCUAUUGGUCAAGAAGGGGAGUUGUAUGAAGAAUGGCUUGAACUUAGAAAUGGAUGCUUAUGUUGUUCCGUAAAGGAUAAUGGAAUUAAAGCAAUAGAAAACCUGAUGUUAAAAAGAGGGAAAUUUGACUACAUCCUAUUGGAGACAACAGGUCUAGCUGAUCCUGGUCCAAUUGCUUCUAUGUUCUGGCUCGAUGAUGAACUUGGUAGUGAUCUUCAUCUGGACGGAAUUAUAACAGUUGUAGAUGCAAAGUAUUGUUUGCAGCAUCUGAAUGAAGUGAAAGAAAGCAGUGAAAUCAAUGAAGCAGUUAGGCAAGUAGCUUUAGCUGAUGUUAUCAUCAUUAACAAAUUGGACCUGGUCAGUGAAGGAGAAAUUGAAUCAUUGAAGGAGAGACUAAGAUCUAUUAAUGCUGUUGCAAAAUAUGUUGAGACUACGAGGUCAAGAGUUAAUCUAGAUGAAGUCCUUGAUCUUCAUUCAUUUGACAGUGCAGACAGGAAACGUGAUUGGUGUCCCCUUGGCAGUCAUUUAGCUUCAAAUGCCGGCAAAACUCCUUUGAGUAAAUCCAGUCAUAUUGAUCAAUCAGUCACAACAAUCACUCUUGAAAUGCAUGGAGAAGUAACAGUAGAUUUACUUGACACAUGGUUACAGGAUUUACUAUGGGAAAAAAGCAUUAAAAGUAAGACUGGAACAGCGAUGGAAAUUCUUCGAUUCAAGGGCGUGGUCGCGGUAAUAGGAGAGGAACGCCGAAUGGUUGUACAAGCCGUUCAUGAAUUGUUUGACAAAACCGCUACAACUCCAUGGAAAACGAACGAAGAAAAACUCAAUCGCCUUGUAUUUAUCG